AUGAGGUCGAGAUCUGCAGACGAGAGACGCCCGCUGUUGGCCGACGAAGCCUUGGUCGAUCAUCCUCCAGACUUCCAAUGCUCUACCAACCCGUUUGCCAAUUUGCCUGUCUAUGCAAACAUUCACAGGGUCAGACAAGAAGUCAUCGUCAGUCUUGACGACUCUUAUUCUCUAGAUCAACUGAGGGCACCCAGGAUCAAUGUCUCAGUCGUCAGGCCGUUAGUGAAUAGAUUAUGGGAGAUCCGCGAUGUGUCCAUUGUCUAUUGUCUGCUCGUCAACAAACUGCAAUUUCUUCGCGAACAGGAUUUCGAGACACAUCAGACGGUCCAUACGACUAGGGCACAUCUAUGCGAGUUGGUGGCGCUCAAGAUACUCCGCCGCUUCGAUGAAGACCAUCCUGGAAAUGAUGGCUUGUGUUUGCUAUGCAACAUCAUGGUCGCCGGUUUCAAACCCUUCCAGAAUGCCCCUCCAGAGAUCAUCAAGGAGAGCAACCGGGCAAGCGGUUGGGCUGCCCAAAGAGGCGCAGCCUACGAGAAGAAGUCAACAGCAUUGGAGGUGGCGAUCAUCUCUGAUAGCAAACUACUGAUAAGCUCUCCGGCCUCUCAGAAGGUCAUGGAUGCUAUCUACGUGGGGCGCAUUAUCUACACUCCCUCUUCCUUUCUUGAUAUCUUACCAGAUCGAUACAAGUACAAACCCAUCAUGCUCUAUCGACCUGAAGAUGCCCCCUUGCUGAAUCAGUAUCGGCUGAUGGUCCCACGAACCAGAAACUUGCUAGACAUCUGCCAAUUCAUCGUGCUAUUGGUCCUCUACGUCUUGGUCAUGCAGAAUCGGAAUUACGUGAAAUUCACAGGCUAUGAACUGAUCUUCUGCAUUUACGCCCUUGGCUGGGUCUUGGACGAGUUCGCAUCAGUGCUAGAGCAUGGGUGGUAUUGCUACACCCAGAACCUCUGGUCAUUCUUGGACGCUUUCUUCGCCGGGCUCUUCCUCGUCUACUUCGCCCUCCGCAUGCAUUCCUUAGCGACACACAACAUUGCACGGUCUGCCGCUCCCGCUUUAGACAUUCUAUCCGCAGCAGCACCAGUCCUCAUCCCGCGCCUAGCGUUCAACCUAAUGACGAUGAUGUCCGACUUCCUGUUGCUCACAAUACUUGCCAUCUGGUGCUUCGGGGGCUUCCUUCUCAGUUUGUCUUGGCUCAGUGGUGAUGUCUUCGACAAUGUGACUAUUUCCAAAUGGAUGCUCUACGUAUGGUUCGGCCUAGACGGUACAGGCAUACAAAAGUCCGUCGAAUUCCAUCCGAUCAUUGGGCCAACCCUGUUCGUCGCCUUUGCAUUCUUGGGAAACACAUUGUUCCUGACAAUUCUCGUCUCGAUGCUCAGCAGCACCUUCGCCAAAAUCGCGUCCAAUGCCUCAUCCGAGGUCCAAUUCCGACGCGCUGUCCUCACCUUCGAAGGUGUCAAGAGCGACUCCAUCUUCGCUUACAUGCCACCCUUCAACAUCUUAGCACUCUGCUUGGUGCUCCCGAUGAAGCUAUUUGCCUCGCCACGCUGGUUCCACAAGAUCAACGUCGCACUCAUCCGCUUUCUCAACGCGCCUCUCCUCCUUGCGAUAGCCAUCUGGGAACGCCACAGCCUCUGGCCGGACUCGGACCCUCACAUAGGGGGACGAAAAACGCUUUUGUCUCUAUCCAAAUGGACACACGAGCUCGUACGCUGGUGGGACUUCUCUCGCUUCUCCGUCCAUGGCGACAUAGAACUAGUCUUCGACUUCGACCCCCCGCAGGUCGUGGCGGAUGAUGUGUCAGAGCUGGAAGAGGCCAAGGCUCACCACACUCAAGCCGGGUCAAGAAGUGGCCCGUCAUUGAAGCCGGAACCACCUCGCCGGCAAAGCAGUGGGAAGUUGAAACCAUCGAAGCGGAAGGAAUCGUUCGCUACGAUGAACGGGCUCGCGGACACCGUUGCGGACUUCUUCCACGAGCAUGGCGGUGCGGAGAUCAAUGCGAAGUUCAGCGCGCUGGAGAAGCAGAACAAGAAGAUCGAAGCUAUGCUGGAGAAGAUUUACCAGAACAUGGGUGGCGAUGACAGUGAAGAUGACAAUCAGCCUAACGCAGAUUAG